AUGGAUGUUGGCCAGAUCAUCCUUGGGCGCCCGUGGCUUUUUGACAAUGACGUCCACAUUUAUGGGAGAACAAAUACCUGCGUAUUUGAACAUAACGGUAAAAAGAUUAAACUUAUUCCCUCCCAACCAAAGAACAGUAAGGAUGAAGAUAAGCCCACUACCCCUAAAAUCGGUAAAGACCCGCACCUUGUGACUGCCAAAGAAAUGGAUAUGGAAUUUACCCAAGGAUCCCCCAUGUACGCACUGGUAGCUAGUGAAGUUAAUGAUGAUCAGGAAGAGCCUGUCCCCGAGGAGAUUAAACCUCUUUUGGAAGCUUUCGCUGAUGUCUUCCCGGAAGACUUACCCAACCAACUCCCGUCCCUUAGGGACAUUCAACACGUAAUAUACCUAUUACCUAGAGCUUCCUUACCAAACCUUCCUCACUACCGCAUGAACCCAACUAAACAUGCUGAAUUGAAGAAACAGGUAGAUGAACUCCUGCAAUGA